AGGACAGGGAGGCUUUAGGUGGCAAGGUGGCUCAGCCCAGCCAGCAGCCGUUCUGAGAAGCAGAGACCUUGAGGGCAUCACAGUCCGUGGACAGCCCUAUGGUGGGCCCCACUUGCACCUCGCUACCCCUCACAGGUGACCUCUGGCAGAGAGCGUUUGUCUGCUGGGGUGCCGUGGCGAUGCCGAGCUCCCGGGAGAGAGGCACUGUCUGUCCAGUGUAGGUGGACAGUAGCCGUCUGCAGAGCCCAGCUGAUGUCUUGGGACCCGUCUCUUCAGGAGAGGGACAUCCCUGGAGGCAGGAAUGUGGUCGGCUCUGAAUGAGGCCCUGAGAGAUCGAAGGGUGCUAAUGUCCCCUUGGUGGGGACAAGGAUGCCCAGGCAACCUCCAAGUCCUUUUUCCACCUCUGGGUUGAGAGCUGGUUCUUGCACGUGGCUGUGCUGUGGGACAUGUCUCUCCAGAGUCAAAGCAGAGGGAAGCAGCCGCUGGGCUCUGCUUUUAAUUGUCUCUGUGGAAAUGCAGAAAUGUCUGGCUUUUUCUUUUUUUUUUAAUAUUUAUUUAUUUAUUAUUUUUGGCUGUGUCGAGUCUUAGUUGCAGCACACGGGAAUCUUUUGUUGCAGCACACGGACUUCUCUGUAGUUGUGGUGUGGGAGUUCCAGAGUACAUGGGCUCUGUAGUUGUGGUACGUGGGCUCAGUUGCCCCACAGCAUGUGGGAUCUUAGUUCCCUUACUAGGAAUUGAACCCAUGUCCCCUGCAUUGGAGGGCGCAUUCUUAACCACUGGACCACCAGGGAAGUCCUGAUGGCUGGCUUUUGCCUGAGUAAAAUAGCAGCUUAUUUUUGUCCUGCCCUGAGCUGGCUCAGCAGAAUGAGGUGGCUGUUUGCAGGGUCUUAGAGAUGAGGAGGGGGUAACAGGCAGUGACUUUGCCAAAAUGGAUCUGAAGCAGAACCACCAGGGAGGUGUAGGGGAGGAAGGAGGGAGGCUGCACUUCCCUGUCCCCAGGGCACAGGCAGAAACUCCCAGGGCCCUUCACAGAGGCUUGGAGGAGAAUCCAGCACCCACAUCCCUAGGACAGCCUGGCCCUGCCAUCUUCCCAGUUGCUAUGGUAAUGUGACCAUGGCAGUGAGGCUGCUUCCCCAUUUUGCCAGGAAGGCAGGACGAGGCCUUCAGGACCAGUAUUUCAUCUGAUCAGGAAGAGCCUCGUCUCACCUCCCUCCUAUCCCAUGUCUGUGGCCGACAUUACAAAUCAAUCGUAGGUUGCAUUUAGAGAUAGAUGGUUAAAAUCUCAUUUUCCCAUCGUCUGUUUUUCAUAGGCUGACAGCCUAACCCCUUUUAGACCCAUGUGCUUUGACGGCCUUGGCUACUGACGGGGCUGGAGUGCCCCCUCCCCCGCCAGGAGGGAGCUGGGAGGAGUCAGCCACGUGGCAGAUGUGCUGGAGAGAUUGUGGGUUCAACCAAUCCGGGGCAGCAGAGGCGUUUUGGUCCCGAUCAAACUCCCCUUGGUGUCGGAGGAAAAGCCAGGACCUCCAUUACGCCCUUCUCCCGUGGUUGGGUGUGUGGUGCUUGACCUUGAGUGAACCAGCACUUAUUGAGCACCAGCUGUGUCCCAGGCCGGCAUGGGGUGGAAAGCUGACUCAGAGGGUGUGAGAUGACCACAGAUCCCUGGAGCACUGUGUUCAGGACCUUUCUGGGUCACAGAUCCCUUUGAUAAUUGGAUGAAAGUCUAGGCUCUCUUUCUAGGGAAAAGCCCACAGCGUUCCGCUUACCCGUCCAGAGGAAGUUUCCCAACCCCCCUGGAGCCCAUCCAUGGGUACAGCUGAGAGCCCUUUCUCUGGAAGGAGAUAGGCGGUGUUGAGUGUGGGCAGGCGUGGGGGUGUGGAGGAGUGGGAUGCACUGGCGGAGGAGGGGAGAGGGAGACGGAUAUGUGGGCUGCCGGUGGAUGGACAGAUUGCUUCCAGCUGCCCGUCUACUGCCAGACCUCUAAUACCAUAAACACCAGGGAUGCCUGUUCUUAAUGGGGAAGCCAGGAUUGGAGAGAGAGGCCAGGGUGUCCUCUAGGAAGGCAGGCAAAGCUCAUGGCCUGAGACUUCCCCAAAGGCUCAGACUGAAUGCCUGGCUGGGGCUGGGCCACGUGGGAGCAGGUAAAGCUUCACCUUGUCUUCCCUCUCCCUGCCGGGCUCUGGCAGUGGUGGCUCUCAGAGCAAAAUUCCCAAAGUGCUUCUGACUGGAAAGCUAGAUGUACUAUGUGGCCAGCCAGCCUCAACCCCUCUGCCAUGGGUCGGAUAGCUUCUACCUGUUUAACAAGAAGCAACCGGAAUUGCAUCCAUGAGAAAGUGCAAGAGAUGAGGGGUGUGGAGCUGCUAUUCUCACCCUGGCUUUGCCUUCUGCCUCUUAAGCCUGCCUUCUGGCAAAGCUAGAAACCUCUAAGGAACUGUUUUCAAACUGUCUGCAGAGGCUAGGUGGUACCAUUGGUUGGGAUGGGGCAAGUGUGGGGUAACCACACUGGCCCCCUUUGGUCUCGCCCGGCCUGUCCCUGCCUUGAUUAGAUGCAGGUUCAGGGAAACGUCCCUCUGCUGUAUGCUAGGUCUCCGCACCCCCCUCGCCUGUGAUCUCUGAGACAGCAGGUCACAGGCACACGCCGUCCCUGGCAGGGCCCCCUCAGCCUGCCCGACCUGGCCUCUUUCCCUGCAGAUCUCCCGCACGGAUCCCCACAGAUGGUACGAAGGGACAUCGGGCUCUCGGUGACACACAGGUUCUCCACCAAGUCCUGGCUGUCGCAGGUCUGCCAAGUGUGCCAGAAGAGCAUGAUGUUCGGAGUGAAGUGCAAGCAUUGCAGGUUGAAGUGUCAUAACAAGUGUACAAAAGAAGCCCCCGCUUGUAGAAUAUCCUUCCUUCCACUACCCAGGCUUCGGAGGACAGAAUCUGUCCCCUCGGACAUCAACAAUCCGGUGGACAGAGCAGCUGAACCCCAUUUCGGAACCCUCCCCAAAGCACUGACAAAGAAGGAGCAUCCCCCAGCCAUGAACCACCUGGACUCCAGCAGCAACCCGUCCUCCACUACAUCCUCCACGCCCUCCUCGCCGGUGCCCUUCCCAGCGUCAUCCAACCCACCUAGUGCCACCACGCCCCCCAACCCCUCGCCCGGCCAGAGAGACGGCAGGUUCAACUUCCCAGCUGCCCACUUCAUUCAUCAUAGACAGCAGUUUAUCUUCCCAGACAUUUCGGCAUUUCCGCAGGCAGCCCCGUUCACCGAUGCAGCGGACAGUUCCGGGCUUGACGACCAGCCGAAAGCAGACGUGUCAGCGGAUCACGAAGUGGAGGCCGAGGAGCCUGAGGCCGGCAAGUCAGAGGCCGAAGACGACGAGGAUGAGGUGGACGACUUGCCGAGCUCCCGGCGGCCCUGGCGAGGCCCCAUCUCUCGCAAGGCCAGCCAGACCAGCGUGUACCUGCAGGAGUGGGACAUCCCCUUCGAGCAGGUGGAGCUGGGCGAGCCCAUCGGGCAGGGCCGCUGGGGCCGGGUGCACCGCGGCCGCUGGCACGGCGAGGUGGCCAUCCGCCUGCUGGAGAUGGACGGCCACAACCAGGACCACCUGAAGUUGUUCAAGAAGGAGGUGAUGAACUACCGGCAGACGCGGCACGAGAACGUGGUGCUCUUCAUGGGGGCCUGCAUGAACCCGCCCCACCUGGCCAUCAUCACCAGCUUCUGCAAGGGACGGACGUUGCACUCGUUUGUGAGGGACCCCAAAACAUCUCUGGACAUCAACAAGACCAGGCAGAUUGCCCAGGAAAUCAUCAAGGGAAUGGGAUAUCUCCACGCCAAGGGCAUCGUACACAAAGAUCUCAAAUCCAAGAACAUCUUCUACGACAAUGGCAAAGUGGUGAUCACAGACUUCGGGCUGUUCGGGAUCUCGGGCGUGGUGCGAGAGGGACGGCGUGAGAACCAGCUGAAGCUGUCACAUGACUGGCUGUGCUACCUGGCUCCCGAGAUCGUGCGGGAGAUGACCCCCGGGAAGGAUGAGGACCAGCUGCCCUUCUCCAAAGCUGCUGACAUCUAUGCAUUUGGGACUGUUUGGUAUGAGCUGCAAGCCAGAGACUGGCCCUUGAAGAACCAAGCUGCAGAGGCCCUGAUCUGGCAGAUUGGAAGCGGAGAAGGGAUGAAGCGAGUCCUGGCCUCCGUCAGCCUGGGGAAGGAAGUCACCGAGAUCCUGUCUGCCUGCUGGGCCUUCGACCUGCAGGAGAGGCCGAGCUUCCCCCUGCUGAUGGACAUGCUGGAGAAGCUGCCCAAGCUGAACCGGCGGCUCUCGCACCCCGGGCACUUCUGGAAGUCUGCUGACAUUAACAGCAGCAAAGUUGUACCCCGGUUUGAAAGGUUUGGCUUGGGCGUCCUGGAGUCCGGUAAUCCAAAGAUGUAGCCAGCUGUGCAGUUUUUUUGACGAUGUAUUUCUUUCCUAAAUGUGUUUCUGAAACAUCCAAACAACCACCAUGACAAAAAAAAAAUAACACUCUUCAAAACGCCAGCCGCCCUCUGAAGUGCUGCAAACCCAGAGCACGAGUCCUCGGUUUAGACUGUUUGUCCCCCAAAACACUUGGGUCCUGGAGAAGGAGCCGCCCCUGCUGUUUCUUAAAAUGACAUCACCAACAACCAGACCUGUCCCGACAGGUGGCAGAUGUUUACAUGUAUGUUUCUGCGGAGUUGGACUCGUUGCUGUACAAUAGGUAAUAAUAAAAACCGUCUGUGCAGAGGUCGCUGGCACCGAGGGCUGGGAUGGCAGAAGUGGCCGUCCCCUCUGCAGGACCCUGUAGGAGUGAGGCGCCCACACUGGUCCAGAUGAAGAAAAGCAUCGUGAUUGUGGCUGUUCUUCGGGCAGGAUGGGGGGACCACAAUGUUUGACCCAGCCUCUGCAUUGGCCCUAAAUCCCAUCUCCCAUCAUCCUAUCAGAGGGAUGCUGUCCCUUCCUCCUCUUGCAGAGGAGCCCCUGACCAGGAGACGAGCUGGAUUAUGGGGGUCGGGAGUUUGCAGAGAGCUUGGGUUCACCUUUGACCCCUGUAAUCCAGUCCGAACCUGCUGGAAAAGCAGAGACAGAUAGAAUCCAAAUAACGUCUGGACUGAUCCAGUGGUUCCCAGCCUGGGGAGAUGUUUCUUUCGUUGAAGCCCACAGGGGAGGCACCAAGGAGAUGGGGCUAAGGGCUUCGUCUGUUUAGAAACAUCCCAGUCCCUGACUGACAUCUGACUCCAGAGCUAAGGCCCAGCCCAAGAGCUGUGUACACCAUGAAGGAUUGAUCCACGAGGACAGGGAAAGUAGGGGGAGGGAGAAGUGGCAAGCAGAGGGUCCCUGAGCCCACCCUCCCAGCCGCAAGGUGCCCUGACCCAUCGUCAGUCUUGCCGAGGUUCCGGAGCUGCCCGCCUCUUCCACCCCUCGGUCCUGUCCAAACCCCUUAGCCCACUCCUGGCUCUUCCACGGCCCACGCUCAGAGCUCUUAGCUAAGGUGGGAGGCAUGUGCCCCCUCCUUUCAUUCAGACCUGGCUAGCAAGCCCCCCACCUUCAGGGUCUUCCCAAGCACCAAGUCAGGCCCCCUGCUUGUGUCCAUUUAGACCAGAGGAGGGGCCGGGUUUGGGCAAGUCCAGGAUAUGACAGUGUCCUGCCUGUCCUCAUUGGAAGCUGACACCUGAAGAGAAAAGUUCCAAAUGGCAACGAAGCCCUUCAGUGAAGGUUAUGUCAUCAUAUCAGGCUUCAAAGCCAGAAAUGACAAGGGACACGGAAGUGCAGAGGAGGUUGUCUUCAGACCUGGAACGCACAUCCACGCUCAGAGCCGAGACAGGGAGGCACGUGGCCCUCCCACCCCAUUUCUGUAGACCCGUCGAGCCAGGCUCUCAACCUAGAGUCUGGCCAAAUCAUUAUACGAAAUGGGCUGCUCAGCCUGGAGGCUGCGGGGCUGCCUCCCGGCUCUGGGCCAGGCACCGCUUGGCAGUCCUGCCGGGAGGGCACAGCCGCGCAGCCGUGCAGGGUACCCGGGCCUCCACGGCCAUCAGCACCUCAACCCUUCCCACUCAGGGUAUGGGGAGGAAGAUGGAGGAACUGUAAACCAGUUGGACUUGGCUCUGUGGGUCGUCUCUCCUCUGUGGGACUCUGCUUCUCCCCAUCAUCCCUUCGGCCUCCGGGUCAGCUUUGCCCGUGAUCUCCCCACCCAAAGCCACGUGGAGUGUGACUCUGCCUCUGUUAUCAGGCUCCUCCCCCCACAUCGGCGCCUUCCCAGAGGUCACAGCUCAUGCCUCUCACCCUUCUCUGAACCCUCGGACGUGCAAGUGGGCCGACGGGGGGGACGACAGCGGAGCAAGUAGGGCUCGCCUCACGGCCCACAGAAAGUCAGUCUGGGUUUUGUUUGUUCCCUUGGGGGUGUCACACGCUUGGGUCAGUUCAGGCAGCUUUCAUUGAGCGCCUACUGUGUGCAAGUGCUGGGGACCGGGGGGACAGCCACCGUGCCUGCCCUUAGGGAACUGACUGUCUGCCAGGAACCCUGAGGGGGGGGACUGGGGAACAUCCCCUUCCUCUCCAGGGCCCUGGAUGCCUUCCUGCUCUCAGCCUGAGCCUCUGCAAUGCCUGUCGUUUAAACGAAGCACCUGAGGAACCACCCCCGCCCCCCCGCCCCCCCCCCCACACACACACACGGUGGCCCCCUUCUCCCUGCCUCUAUUUAAGUGACUGUGAAUUGAGGUUAGGAAGACACGCCCGCCCUUCCGUGUGCUUCCCCACCCCACCCCCCGUCUGCCUUGGAAACACAUGAAGGACGGCAGAUACUGUGAAUUCAGCCCUCACAGCCAACUGUGAAAGGGAUGGAGAAGCUGGGAGGCCUCCUGGGCGAGAGCUCAGGGCUGCAGAGGUCCCCACGGGGUCUGAGAGUGGAGCUCAAGCUUUAACCUUUCAGCCUCAUCACCACCACCCCCUGCUUCCGGGCCUCACCUCCAAAACCCUAAGAUCUGCCCUUGCUGCCUUUAAACACCGGAGCCACAACCCCUGCAUCUCCAUCCAACUCGGGGUCUUGAAUCCUGCGUUCCUGCCGGUUGUGAGUGGUGUGUAGCCAAGCUGACCGCUCCAUGUCACCAAAUCAAAGAUGUGUGCAGGGCCUGGAAUCCCUCUGCCCUCUCAUGGCAUUUCUCUCUGUGAUCACCGAGGGGUGUGGUGUGCCCUGUAAGCCCCUGGGUGUAGUGGUGGUGGUGGUGGUGGUCUGUGUUGAUUCAGGGGCCGGGUGGAGACAUAAAUGUGAAGCUAGUUUGGGAGUUUGUGCGAUGCUGCAGCGUCAGCCAGGAUUUCAUCCGUGUGUGCAAACCCAGCGUCUUCUGUGGCCACGAGGCACACACUUGCUUUUUUGAAUGUGAUGUAAAAUUUGUACAGUAAAGGUUUUUAUAUUUUCUAUCAACUGCAUUUGUCUUCCAGAAAUGCUAUUAAUUUAAAUUAAAAUGGUUAGUAUUAACGAACGUGUGCUAUCAGGUUUUUUUUGCCACUGGCAAGACCCCCGUGCCAGGCCCAGCCUGGGUGUCUGCAGUCUGUGAAUAAAGUUGUACCAAGGUGUCUGGGGCUUCUGUC